CGAAUAAAAACGGAGAGGUAAACUGUGAACCCUGCUUCGAGUCUUUCACUUCUCCUUUCUUUUCCCUCUGCAAGCAAAGCAUAAACUCCAGAAUCAUCUGCUUGUUGUCCUUGCGGUGCACAACAGUACACUUUUAAGGUUAUUAAAACAAGUUAUCUGAGAAAUUUACUAUGGCUUCUGAUGCUUCUGAUGCACUUGCAGUCAGGCAGAAGGUUCAGCAAUUUCUUACUGCUGCUUGUAUUGGAAAUCUUGAUCUUCUUAAGAAUAUAGCAGCACAGCUUGAUGAAGGGAAGGGAAUGUCAAAAACUGUGGCAGAAAUCAAGGAUGCUAAUAAACGAGGGGCACUUCAUUUUGCUGCAAGAGAAGCACAGACUGAGGUUUGCAAGUAUUUGAUUGAGGAAUUGAAGCUUGAUGUUGAUAACAAAGAUGAAGAUGGUGAGACUCCUCUUGUUCAUGCUGCCCGGCAAGGACAUACUGCCACUGCUAAAUACCUACUUGACCAGGGUGCCAAUCCUGCUAUACCAAGUGAUUUAGGGGCCACAGCAUUGCACCAUUCUGCAGGAAUAGGAAAUACUGAGUUGAUGGAGUAUUUGCUUUCUAAGGGUGCUGAGGUUGAAUCACAAAGUGAUGCUGGCACUCCUUUACUCUGGGCUGCUGGGCAUGGUCAACCGGAUGCUUUGAAAGUGUUGCUGGAGCACCAUGCAAAUCCUAAUGCUGUAACUGAAGAUGAUGUAACUCCAUUGUUAUCAGCUGUAGCAGCUGGUUCAUUAGCAUGCCUAGAGUUGUUGGUUCAGGCUGGUGCUAACGUGAAUGUUACUGCUGGUGGAGCAACACCACUGCACAUUGCUGCUGAUUUAGGAAGCCCAGAAAUUUUGAACCGUUUAUUAGAAGCUGGAGCUGAUUCUAAUGUCACUGAUGAGGAUGGUCAGAAACCAAUACAGGUUGCCGCUGCAAGAGGCAACCGUGAAGCUGUUGAGAUCCUCUUCCCCUUAACAACAAAAGUUCAGAGCAUUCAUGAGUGGACUGUUGAUGGAAUUCUUGCACACAUGCUGUCUGAAGCUAAUAAAGAGGAAGAAACUAGGAUAGGGAAGGAAAUUGAUGCUUCUGAGAACAUGGAUAUGCCUAAAAGAGAUCUCCCUGAGGUUUCACCUGAAGCAAAGGAGAGAGCUGCUGAAGCAAAAUUAAGAGGAGAUGAUGCUUUCAGAAGAAAGGAAUAUCUUACUGCGGUGAAUGAUUAUACACAAGCAAUUGAUUUGGAUCCCACUAAUGCUACCGUGCUUUCGAAUAGAAGCCUGAGUUGGAUGCGCUUGGGGCAACCUGACCAAGCAUUAGCUGAUGCAAGGGCCUGUAAAGAGCUAAAACCAGAUUGGUCAAAAGCUUGGUAUCGGGAAGGCUCAGCUCUCCGCUUGUUGCAGAGGUUUGAAGAAGCCGCAAAUUCCUUUUACGAGGGUGUGAGGCUUGACCCUGAAAAUAAGGAGCUUGUGAAAUCCUUUAGGGAAGCAGUUGAUGCUGGGAGAAAGUUUCAUGGUACAGACCAGGGAAAAUCAUAAUGUGUGCCCAUAGCAAAUACAUUAGUACUGUGAAGGACUGAAAAAGUAGUUGAUGAAAGCUUUGCUGGAAUUUCUCUUGCCUGAAUAUUCGGCAAGAAGCUGCAAAAUCAAAUUAGUUGUAUUAAUCCCUGUGGGGGAGGAAGCAAAACGAAAAGUAAAGAAAGAGUAGAAAUGGUAUCCCCAGACAAACUGAUACUUUGGGGCAUAAAUUUCUUAUGUUGAAUUCUUUCCGGUUUUGUUAUGAAUCCAUGCGAUUUUGGUA